GCGCGCGCAUCGUUCCGCUAAGGUCUUAUCUCGCGGGAGUAGAGACGCGUGCCACUGACACACAGACAUGUUACGACUCUCGACUUUGCUUGCGGCGGCGGUGGCGGUGGCCGUGGCGAGCGCGCAGCCCGUCUCCAACGUGCUGCAGCUGGACCUGGCGCCGGAGGAGGCGCAGCAGUAUAUCAACAACCCUCCUUUCGCCGAGCCCCAGCUGGCCGGCCGCACCAACAUCCUGCCCCUUAUCCGGUACGACGACCCGCGGUUCCGCAGCGCGGAGGCGGGACCCACGCGGGGCCACUACUGGCGCAACGGCCAGGAGAUACAGGACCCUGAGAACUACCAGGAGGAGGUGUACGAGGCGGCGCAGUUCCACGGUCAGAGCGGGCGCGGCGAGUACGGGUACGGGUACCGCACGCCCGAGUCCGCCAAGGUGGAGGACCGCGCCGGCUCCGGCAACGUGCAGGGCUCCUACGUCUACAAGAACAACAACGACCAACUCGUCAAGGUGCGGUACUGGGCCGACAGCCAGGGUUUCCACCAGGAGGACAACCUGCCCAAGGUGGAGCUGAAGCCGGUGGAGGAGACACCGGAGGUGCGCGCGGCGCGUCUGGAGCACGAGCGCGCCUGGCAGCAGGCCCGCGCCGCCUCGCUUCUCGCGCCCCUGCCGCAAGAGUACCAGACGGCGGCCUCUGAGCAGCAGAGCGCGGUGGUGGCGGCGCCGGCGCAGGGCCCGCAGCAGGCGCAGGGCCCGCAGCCCCGCGAGGGCAAGGCCUACCAGCAGCAGUACUACACCACCACCGAGGAGCCGGAACCCACUGGCCCUCCCCGCGGCUUCUUCUACAGCUUCACGUACCCCGUGUCCGUCAUAGUUCCGAAGCAGGGCCCCGCCUACAGCCAGGAUCCCGCCUACAGCCAGGGCCCCGCGUACAGCCAGGGCCCCGCCUACCUCGCCGCGACAACUUCCUAGACCUCGCCAGACAACGGCCUGUUAUCUAACAAUUCGACAACAUACAAACUAGGAAUAUAUAAUUUGUAAUUACUGGGACCUCUUUUAUAUGUUGUUUAGCAACAUUUCAACUGUGGCUUGUACUUCUCUCGCCGGUAAUUAUUUUAUCUCCCCCGCACAUUCGCGGGCAGAUACUUAUGUAAUUCAAUUAGUAGAUAAGACAUGGAAGCGUGCUGCAGUAGGGUGCAGGCAGAGAUGUGGGCGCGGCGGAGCUCACGUCGCGGAUCAGGGUCGAGCGAUUCGUAACUGUACUGUCGUCCAAAUAGGAUACGUUGAGUUGCCAUUUUAGUCGCCAGUAGGUUAAGUUCGCCGCUACUAAGUGUACCAUUCGUAUCAUUAUAUUAUUACAAAUAAAUACGAUACAUAUA